AUGGGUCGACCAAUUAAAAGUGCAAUUCGAAACCAUUAUGAAUAUGAUAAAAUCAAUAACGAGUCAAAAUGUAAAAUAUGUUCUGCAAAACUUAAAACUAAUCAUGGAACAAAUUUGAAAAAACAUUUAGAGCUACAUCCAGAUGAGUAUGAAGAAUUUAUUAAAUCACAGGAUAAAACAUUUAUAACUACAAAACCAGACAAAAUUAAUGCAAGUAAAUUCAAGCAAACUACUCUUCAUAUGACUCCUGGAAUAAGAGUGAAUCAUAGUAUGAAAACUCUAAUCGACGGAUGUGUGGAAAUGGUGACAGUCAAUGGACGCCCAUAUUCAAGCUUCAUAUUACAUUCCCAAAAAAUAAAAAAAAGAAAUUAUGUUCGUAAAGAAGCUUUGUUAUUACAAAAUGAUAUAAAAGCAGAAGUGAAAAAUAAACUGAUUUCUCUUAAAGUUGAUGCUGCAUCGAGAAUGAACAGAGGGUUCCUUGGUAUAAAUUUACAAUAUUUUUUUGAUGGUCACAUUAAACUAAGAACUAUUGGUUUAGUAGAACUCACUGAAGCCCACACUGGAAUUUAUUUAAAAGAUGUGAUACUUGAAACAUUAAGCAAAUAUGGAGUACACCCAAAGCAAUUAUAUACCAUCACAUCGGACAAUGGUGCUAAUAUGAUAAAAGCUGUAGAUUUAGUUGAAAAAGAAGCAUUUAUUGAGUUAGAAAAUGAGCCAGAGUCCAUGCUGUCUAGUUCAAAAGAAAAAACAAAUUCUAAUCAAGCAGAUGAUACUUUUGACAGUGAUAAUAAUAGUGAUUAUGAAAAUACAGACUUAGGUAAAAUAAAUAAUGAUGAUAUCAAUGAUUUACUUGAUAUAGUUGAUAACAAUGAAUAUGAUGACCUGGUCGAAACAGAUUCGGAACAACAAAAUGAGUACUGUGAAGAUUUUCUUCUUAAUAUUGAGUCUCAAUGUGUUGGAGAUAUUUCAAUUUUUACUGGUAUGAGAUGUGUUUCACAUACAUUACAACUGGCAGUCAUUGAUUGUUUAAAAGAAGCCAGUGUCAAUGCAGUUUUGAACAAAGUCAGAGCCCUUGUAAAAAAACUACGGAAUCAAACUUACAUGUAUUUAAUUAAAAAAGAAAAACUUAAGACUCCAAUUCUUGAUUGCUUAACAAGAUGGCAUUCAACCUGUGAUAUGUUGGAAAGAGUACAGGAUUUAAAAGUGUUCAUCAAAAACAUGUCUGCAAAUGAUAAAAAGCUAAAAUCAUUUUGUCUAAAUUCCAAUGAAUGGCAGCAUGUCGAAACAAUUUUUAAAGCUUUAUUACCAGCCAAAAUAUGCACAAAGAAUCUACAAAGUGAACAGCUUACUCUUACAGACUUUUAUGGAGAGUGGAUUGCAUGCAAAUUCAAAACUGAAGCACAACAUUCAUCGUUUGCUCAAAAAUUAUUGCAGUUUAUGAUUUCCAGAGAAAAGUUCAUACUCAAUAAUAAAGUUUUUGUUUCUGCUAUCUUCUUGGACCCGCGAUACAAAAUAACAUUAAACGAAGAACAGUGUUUAAUUUCCAUAGAACAUUUAAUAAAAGUUUGGAUUCAGUUAAACAAAUUGCAGAGUGAUGAUAAUGAUAAUUAUGAUAUAGACUUAAAUAAUCAAACUUCUAUAGAUGAACAUUUUGAUAACUCUGAUUCGGACUCAACUGAUGAAGUAGAGCAGUUCUUGAAGUCCAAGUCUACCGAGAUAGAAACAUUAGAAACAUUAGAAAUAAAUUCUUCACAAACAUCUGUCAUAUUCACACAAAUUGAAACUAUACUGAAGAAUUAUAAUAUUCAUCAAAAACGAAUAAAUUAUAAAACUGAUAUACUCAAAUUUUGGAAAAGUAUGGAAUAUACUCAUCCGGAAUUGUAUCAAUUAGCUAGUGUUGUAUUUUGUGUGCCUGCAACUCAAGUCAGUGUUGAAAGACUUUUCUCAGGUUUAAAAUUUGUGCUGUCUCCAUAUAGAACUAAUAUUAGCUCCAAACAUUUGGAAGACCAGUUACUGAUACGUACUAACAAACUUUUUGAAAAAAAAAAAACGACUACAGAUAUCUGA